AUGGCACAACAAGUGAAGUGGUGGGAAGGUGACAAACAGAAAAGAGUAUUAGCGCCGAUGGUUGGAAUUUGCUUUUCAUCAUACCGAACGAUGUGUUUAGAGCAUGGUGCAGAUGCAGUCUUUACUGAGGAAUUAAUUAGUAAACGGUUGUGUCAAUGUAUUCGUGUUGAAGAAGAUGGGUACGUGAAAUACAAAGACAAAGAUGAUGUUAUGUUGACGUUAAAGGUUUCUGAGCGUGACAAAACGAUAUUACAACUUGGGACCUAUGAUGUAGCAACGACUGUGAAAAGUGUUGAAUUAGUGAAAGAGGUAUGUGGUGUUGAUAUCAAUUUAGGGUGUGGGAUGUCAUUUAGUACCAAAGGUGGGAUGGGACAGGCUUUAGUUAGUGAUCGGAGUAAAUUAGAAAGUAUUAUUAAAGCACUUGUUCCAUUAGGGCAACCCAUUUCGUGUAAAAUUCGCCUUCAAAACACAAGUGAAGAGACCGUCUCAUUCAUUCAAUGGUUAUAUUCCCUUGGUGUUUGUAUGAUAACACUCCAUGGCAGAAAGCAUGGUCAGUUAUAUGACUUCGAUUGUGACUGGGAUGAGUUAAUUAAAGUGAGUAACACUAUAACAUCUCCUUUAUUUAUUAAUGGCGACUUGUGUUGUCAAAGUGACUUUGAUAAAUUUGCUCCCGACAAGACGAAGAACGUGAAGGGAUUUUUACUUGGCCGUGGCGCAGCAGCAAACAUCGACAUAUUCCAACAAGACCAAAGAUGUGACUACAAGUUCGACUUUGAAAAGACACAACUCACGCUGUUAGACUUCAUAAAUCGCGCAACACUGGAGAAACUGAGCUUCAAGAAAACGAAGUUUGUGGCGAUGCAAAUUGUGAAGUACAAUAUGGAGAUGCCUUCCGGACGGUGGAGAAAACAAAAGACUCCAAAGGAACUUGUCGCUUUGAACGCAUCCCUCUCAAAGUCAAAGUCCUUUGAUGAGUUACUUCGUGUUUUCGCUUUCCAAAACAACAAGAAAACCAGUAACUAA